AUGACCGGUUUCGCCCUCCUUGGGGCUAAUCAGAAGGCCCCCGUUGCGGAGUUACUUACUAGAAAACACCAACUGAACAGUUACAGGGUAUUGAACAGAGAAGCAAAACUCUCAUAUGCAUCUUGUUUACAAAAACUUAAUAUCCAUCCUCUCUGUGAACGCGUCUUGCGGAACUUUUAUGGAUACCAAUGGCGGUGUUCCGGUCGUGAAAACUUUCAGACUCACUCCGCUGGUCGUAUGUUGCUAAGCCGUGUUUGGCUGCCUGAUCGGCGUUUCAUGGAGUUUGAGGGUCUCAGUGGGUUUCGGGUGAUAUGGAAUAAUCUUCAGGAAUUUGACCUUUCUGACAGUGGUUAUCACUGUAUUGAAAGAAUACCUCAUUUGGUACAGGGGGGCAAGAUGGCUCAGUGGUUAGUGCGUGAAUUUGGUGACCGGAAGGACUGUGGUUCGAAUCCGACCUCCGCCUCCCUACUUCCCCUGUCUAUGCUUGGGCAACCUGGCAAUGUCCCAUCCCUCGUGCUUCCCUCAUUUCGCCCUUCUUGGGGCGUAUCAGGUGGGCGGAGUUCCCGAGUUUCCGAAAAACCCUGUGUUCUACUUGAACCCAAACUGCAAGAAGUUAGUGAAAUACAAUCUUUUGCCAAUAAAUCUGGUUAUUCUGGAGAUUCACCUGGAACCAAGCUGAUAUGUCCGGAGGCCAGUAACCCUAAUAACCGAACGGCACGUCGAUUAGACGGAUGUGUCACGUGUGGGCUAAGAGCCAAACGAAGGCAUGUCCUGAUUGGUCAAAAUACCAGCCAAUCUGAAUCGAGCAUCUUUAGCUUGACGCUUCUCGCCCCGCCCAGGGAGAUUCUGGCACGACCUUGUGGAGCGUUCUCUGUAAAACUAUCUCGGUGCCUAGCUGCCAUACUAACGGAAGAGGGUACGAGGGCUGGGAUAUCACCAGGAUGCUCGACCCUAGACGAAGGCAGUCGAGAUGCUGAGCAAAUGAAUGUGCUGUACCAGACCGCCUCAUUUUUCAGUCCUUACGAUAUUCGAGAUGUCGUGAUACAUGUAUUACAUGGUGCACUAAUCCAGCAAAAGACGGUUGAAAAAGUCAAAGGACAGUUACAACCGACAAAUUGGUCAAUAAGUCGAGAAAUACACACUCAUUUGCAAAUCAAUUUGGUUUUCACGAGAGACCAAACUGAACCUCUCGUUUAUGAUGUUCUACAAUUGAAUGUGCUGCACACAGGCCGCCUCAUGAUUCAGUUGGCACGAUAUUCGAGAUAUCGCAAGAAUAAAAUUGGAUGGGAAGCGAACCUGAUGCUAACCUACCACCAUCAUCCCGACGUACCUACACCUCCGGGCAGUUAUUCAGGAAGUCUGGAUAGCAAAUAA